CUCGAUGGUAAUUAUUUAUAAGGUUUUGAAAGCCAACGGCAUUUAUGAACACUUCUACUUCGAUUCUGCUUUUCUCUGGUGUCUGUGUGCGUUGUUCGCUUGUCAAGUGUCAUAAUCAGCUGGAUGUCUCAGUUCUCGACCAGUCUGGAGCUAGCUGCUAAGGUGACAUUACUUUUUUGUAUUCAAAGACUGGCUAUUUAGUGAACAAAUAAGAUUAUGCAACGGAUUGCGGUUAUUGGUGGAACCGGCAUGACCGGUCAAUGUGUGGUUGACUACGCAUUGGAGAAGGGUCUCAAAGUGCGUUUACUUUACCGCACUGAAGCCACAGUUCCGGAUCGUUUCAAAAGCAAAGUUCAAUUGGUGCAGGGCGAUGCAACUAAAUUGGACGACGUGAAACGUCUAAUUGAGGGCGAUGGAGGAGUGGAUGGCGUUUGCGUCAUCUUGGGCACACGCAACAAACUGGAGCCCACCACUGAAUUGUCCCGUGGCACCGAGAACGUCAUUAACGCCAUGAAAGAGGCAAAGCUCACGAAAUUCUCCGUUGUCCUGUCAUCGUUUCUAUUACGUCCUCUUAGCGAGGUACCCGCUGUAUUCCACAAGCUAAACGAGGAGCACAAGCGCAUGCUGGAUCUGACCAAAGCAUCUGGAUUGGACUACAUAGCAAUAUUGCCACCGCACAUUGCCGAUGAGCCGGCCAGCGGUUACAAAGUGGUGCACGAUGAAGCACCUGGACGCCUCGUCUCCAAAGAUGACUUGGGCAAAUUCAUUGUGGACAGCUUGGAUCAGCCCGAGCAUUAUGGCAAAGUGUGCGGCAUUGCAAAGAGUGCUUAAGCCCAUUAUAAAUUAAUUCAGUAGCCCAUCGUCUAUUUUGCAUACAAAUAGUAAUAAAAUAGAUUCAAACGUACAAAUAAUAAUGAUUCUAACAAAGCCUUUUAAAGACUAUCUACUCAAUUGUAUGUACAUACAAAAGAGCGUGUGUGUUAUUUUAUGCGCACUAUAAACUUUCCAUUUUAAUACACAGAAUAAACAAAUUUUAAUUGCAAUUA